AUGGCGUCCUCGGCGUAUGGCGGCUGUAGUCGUAUCGAGCUGCUUCUUGCUCAAGUCAAGGCAGAGUUUGCGGGACAGCAGCUGGAGCAGGUGGAUGAUUGGCAUCACCAAUGGCAUUCGCCCUCCACAGUCGAGGUGCAGCUCAGUGAGCUACAGUCUCUGAGACAGACGCUCAACUUUUUGCAGCGCAAGCAUAAGACGGAGACAGCAGAAUACCAGAGCGAACUUCGCAAUUACGAGGAAAUCAUACUUUGCCUCGAGACAAAACUAGCUUCCCGGAGCAGCACCACCUCUACUACUGUCAGGCAUGACAGCGGCUCGGCCCCUGACGAUCAGCAGCUCCCCGACGCGGAGCAAGUCAACGGCAAUGCAACCUCCGAGCAUGCUGCGACGACACCGACGACACCGACGACGCACUGGGCCGACUUGCCGCCCGAAAUCGUGCCGGCCGAGUACAAGCUCAUGGGCAGCGACUGGUACGCCCUCUUCAACCCCCGCAUAUCGCAGCGACUCAAGAUGGCGCACCGGUACACGAUCCCACACGACGACGCCGUGUGCUGCGUGCGUUUCAGUCGCGACAACCGCUACCUGGCGACGGCGAGCCAGCAGACUGUCAAGGUCUUUGACGCGGAGACUGGUACGCUCUCGGUCACGCUGGAAGAACGCCACGAUGCAACGGGCGAGUCUCUAAUUCGCACCCUCUGUUUCAGCCCAGACGACAAGUUUAUCGCCACGGGGUCGGAAGACAAUAUGGUUCGAGUGUGGGAAAUUGCGUCGCGAAAGAUUCGCAGAUUUCUGUCCGAGCACACCGCCGAAGUAUACACCGUCGAGUGCGCCUCGGACAACCGAUCGCUCGUGUCGGGCAGCCGCGACGGCACCGUCAAGGUGUGGCACGUCAACCGGUCCAAGGCGCGCUACACGUUCGUCUCGCCCGACGGCAUCUCGUCCGUCUCCGUCUCCGCCGACAUGGCCUACGUCAUUGCCAGCAGCCACGACGCAAGCAUCUACGUCUGGAGCAUGCAGACCGGCCAGCGCAUCGCCGUGCUCUCCGGGCCCUCUGGCCACACCGACUCGGUUUACUGCCUGACGUUUCUGCCGACGACCGCCGCGUGCUUUGCCAGCGGCAGCCUCGACUGCACCGUCAAGGUCUGGAAGCUGCGCGCGCUGCUCGGGGGGAGCCGCCCGUCGAGCACGGCGGGCCACAACGGGCAAUCGAGGACGCUGUACGGACACGUCCAGACGCUGCACGGGCACACGGACUAUGUCGUGUCGAUUUGCGCCACGCCGGAUGCUUGCUGGAUCUUGUCGGGCGGAAAGGACCGGUCGUGUCGGAUUUGGGAUGCGUUUACUGGCGAGUUGCAGCUGGCGAUUCAUGCACAUAGCAACACGGUCCUGUCUGUGGCAGCGUCCAAUCAAUUGUUUGCGACUGCAGGAGGUGAUAACAUUGUUCGGGUCUGGUCUUAUAGUCCCGUUGCAUCUCAUUGA